AUGGUGUCCCUGUAUUUCUCCGGAGGCUCCUGGAUGGCAGCUCUGACAGUGAUACUGAUGGUGCUGAGCCCGCCCCUCACUUGGGCCAGGGAGACCCAAUCACUUUUCAUGUUUCAGUUUAAGGCCGAGUGUCGUUUCUCUAAUGGGACAGAGCGGGUGCGGUUCCUGAGCAGAUACAUCUAUAACCGGGAGGAGUACGCGCACUUCGACAGCGACGUGGGCGAGCACCGGGCGGUGACCGAGCUGGGCCGGCCGGACGCCGAGUACUGGAACAGCCAGAAGGACUUCCUGGAGCGGACACGGGCCGCGGUGGACACGUACUGCAGACACAACUACGGGGCUGUGGAGAGCUUCACGGUGCAGCGGCGAGUGGCACCUACAGUGACUGUGUAUCCUGCAAAGACACAGCCCCUGCAGCACCACAACCUCCUGGUCUGCUCUGUGAAUGGUUUCUAUCCAGGCCACAUUGAAGUCAGGUGGUUCCGGAACGGCCAGGAAGAGGAGGCGGGGGUGGUCUCCACAGGCCUGAUCCCUAAUGGAGACUGGACCUUCCAGACCAUGGUGAUGCUUGAAACAGUCCCUCAGAGUGGAGAGGUCUACACCUGCCACGUGGAGCACCCCAGCCAGACCAGCCCUGUCAGAGUGGAAUGGAGGGCACAGUCUGGAUCUGCUCAGAGCAAGAUGCUGAGUGGAAUCGGGGCCUUUGUUCUGGGUCUGCUCUUCCUUGGGGUGGGGCUGUUCAUCUACUUCAGGAACCAGAAAGGACACUCUGGACUUCAGCCAACAGAGUUGGUUGAACUUAGUGGGUGGUUUUCAUGGAGGGUCUCUCACAUGGCUGCAGUCAGACAGGAGCUGGGGCUGGGGUCCUCUGGAGGCUCAUCUGGGACACUGAGACACUCUCUCCCUCUGCAUGAAGUUCCAGUGCCUCUUAACGUGGGCUAUGUGUUCCCAUCAGCUGUGAAGACAAGCCUGAUGCCUCAGGACUCCCAAGAAAGGAAAGUAAAAGCUACAAAACUUCUUCAAACUUAG